GCCUCCUGGUUAUUUCUGGCCGGCGGCAGCGCUGUGGUCAGGGAGCUCGGGGCCUGGCAAGAGCGGGUUGGCUCCCAUUCCAGAACAAGCCGGGCCACCGCCUUCUCGCCAUGGGUUCCCGGCCGCGCGGGGCGCUGAGCCUACUGCUCCUGCUGCUGGCACCGCCCAGCCGCCCAGCCCCGGGCUGCCCCGCGCCCUGUAGCUGCGCAGGGACGCUCGUGGACUGCGGGCGCCGCGGGCUGACGUGGGCCUCGCUGCCGGCCACCUUCCCGCCCGACACCACCGAACUGGUGCUGACAGGCAACAACCUGACUGCACUGCCGCCGGGGCUGCUGGAUGCGCUGCCCGCGCUGCGCGCCGCGCACCUGGGCGGCAACCCCUGGCGCUGCGACUGCCGCCUGCUGCCGCUGCGCGCCUGGCUGGCCGGCCGCCCCGAACGCGCGCCCUAUCGCGAUCUGCGCUGCGUCUCGCCCCCCGCGCUGCGUGGCCGCCUGCUGCCCUACUUGACCGAGGACGAGCUACGCGCCUGCUCCCCUGGCCGGCUCUGCUGGGGGGCGCUGGCGGCGCAGCUCGCGCUGUUCAGCCUCGGGUUGCUGCACGCACUGCUGUUAGCGCUGCUGCUGUGUCGCCUGCGGAGCCUGCGCGCCCGCGCCCGCGCCCGCGCCCGCGCGCACCAGUUAUCGCUGACUGCCCCGCUGGUGACAGAACCCGCCGGAACUGGCGCGUCCUAAGAGGAACGGACUGGCCCUGAGCGACACAGGCCUGCAAACUCCACGGGACCCUGCCCAAGGAACCCUCACCCUAACCUGGACCCGCCUCGGCCUCUGCCCCUGCCCAAUCUUCUGGACCCUCCAAUCCCCGCAGGCCCAGAUCCACGUGGGACCGAGCUGCUGCACGCACUACUGGAGUGAGCCGACCCUGCGCCCUCCUCGCUGAGGGAGGUGGAGAGGUGGAGGGUCCGUGCUGCAGUUCAACACUUCAGAAUCUCCCCCUCCCAAACUCUGUGCUGAAUAAACUUUUC